GAAUCGUAUAGUUUUGAUGAGUUCUUCAAAUGUCCGAAACCAUCAACAUCUCAGUCUACGGCCGGUAGGCGUGCGAUGAAUGUAAUGCUUGUCUUACUAUUGCUAUCACUGGUGAUCGUUAUUGUGAUCGCAGUUGUCGUCGCUUUUGUCAAACACCGCAACAAUCAGUCGAAGACAAACCAAUCGACUGAUAAGAAUGAUAAGGAUAUAGCGAGCAACGAUUUGAUAAUUCAGACCAAAACUAAUUUCUUGAAACUGAAGAACUGUAUCGAUAAAGACUAUGUGAUGGAGCGGUUCCCCUCCCGUGCGGCCAACUUUGUCGACGACAAAGACAUGUGGAAUAGUCUUCACCGGGAAUUUGAUUUAUCUAAACCUGUGUUUGGCUUUACGUUUCGGUUUGUGACCAAUGAUUGCGGACGUUUGGACACAACCAAUGAAUGCACUAAAGUUUACGACGACUCCCAGAUCUUCUAUUCGUGUCUUUACGGACACCAUAUAAACACCAGGAAAGUCAAAUGGAUUGCCAACAAAUACAACGACUCCCGGAUAAUGACUAUCAAUACAUUUUCUUUGUGGUUAAGGGUUAAGAAAUAUUGUGAAUAUAAGUGGAAACACAACGAAACUAUGGCAUCCAAAGAGGGCUUCCUCUCCGGUGUAUCGUUUCGUUUACCGCAUCCGAGCGGCGGAAGUAUUGGUGACAAUAGGGCUGCGGUCACUGUCACCGGCGGUGGCGGUACUGGUGUUGCCAUUAAUACCAGUCAACGAUUCAUUGCUUACUAUGAGGAUCGGGUCACGUAUCAGAUCUACACAUCCGAAUCGAUGGCAAACCCAAACUCUGUUAAUCUGUUGGGCUAUCAGUUCUGCAAAGUGUUUGACACGAAUCUGACCGCCGAUUAUCUCUUUGGCUUUAAUUAUAAUUUACCCAAAGAUUAUGUUUAUUAUGUGUUCCGUUAUCUGAACCUUACGUGGAGUUGUGGCCAGAAUUGUAGUCUUGACACUCCUCUCAGUCUCAUUGAACUCAACCACAAAUUCACCACAAGUUUUACUUCCCAAAUGUUCGGUACAUAUCAGAGCUUAAAUACUCUCUUUGGUUGCGGGAAAUAUUUCUAUGAAUCCGAACCUUCAUUCAAACCAAACGACUUCUGCGAAACCGAUCAAAGGCUUGAGAGUGUCUUCGGAUUAGGAAAUGAUCUCUACUUUCAAAAUAACGCCAAAUUCUGGAAGUGGUCUGACGUUAGCUUCAAAAGUGGUGCCAAUCCUGGCAUCAAAUCAGAGCCCAUUUUCUUUGACUCCGAUUUUACAACAAGUCUUAACAAAUUUCAAAUCGACACGACUAAACCUGUGAUGGGAUUUACAUUCAAACUCUAUUCUUCCUCCACUUCUAAUGUCAACGAAUGUCUCACAAAUGCGGACACAAUUCGUUGUCAACUCUACUUAAGUCCACACUAUUAUAGGGCCUGUAUUUACGGCGAAGUCAUCGACAAUACAAAUAAAACAAUCGGCAAAUUAAAGGACAGUUUUGAACGAAAAGCGUUUGCCUUUCAGUACACGCCGUCGGGUCUGAAGGCGUUUCCAGUCGUCGGAAACUCGGAUUCAAAAACCAGUCAUUCGGUGUUCAGUGAAACACAAAUAAUUUGCGAUAAUAUUCGCAAUGCAUUCGCAAAA